AUGUUGGCGGUUACCGGUGGUGUGUAUCAGCGGCUGUGCGGCGGCUCCGGGACCGGCAGCGGGAGUCCCCGCGCCCACACACUGACCCUGCAGGAGCGCCUGAGAGCGCCCCAGGGGCUCGGCCCCCGGACGGAGACCCUCAGCCCCGGGAGAGACGUCACCGGGAGGGGAGAGACCCCCAAACCCGGGAGGGUGACCCCGAGCUCCAGCCCCGACCCCGGGAUCCGGGAGACCCCCACUCCCGGGAAAGAUCCCCCCAACCCCAGCCUUGGGACCGGGGGUCUCAAUCCCGGGACCGGGAGCUCCAGCCCCGACCCCGGGAGUCGGGAGACCCCUCAUCCCGGGGGAGACAUUACCGGGAGGGAGACCUCCAGCCCCGGGCUGCGCCCCCCCGGCCCCGGCCCCGGCCCCACCGCUGUCCCCGCCACCGCUCAGGGCACCCGGAGCCCGGGAGCGGCCGAGGACUGUGAGCCGAGUCCGGAGCCGGUGACCGGGCGGAGUUGGGUGUCCCGAGAGCCGGAGGCCAGCAGCGCGGCGGCGGCGGCGGCGGCGGCGGCGGCGGAGGAGGUGAGCAGGACCGGGACCGGAGGGCAGCAGCGCCUCCCACAGGCCAUCAUCAUCGGCGUGAAGAAGGGGGGGACCCGAGCGCUGCUCGAGGCCAUCCGCGCGCACCCGGCGGUCAGAGCGGUGGGAGUGGAGCCGCACUUCUUCGACAGGAACUACGAGAAAGGGUUGGAGUGGUACAGAGAGCUGAUGCCCAGGACCUGGGACGGGCAGAUCACGAUGGAGAAGACGCCCAGUUACUUUGUGACACGUGAGGCUCCGAGGCGAAUCUUCUCGAUGGCGAAGGAGACCAAGCUGAUCGUGGUGGUGAGGAACCCGGUGACCAGAGCCAUCUCCGACUACACCCAGACCCUGGCCAAGAAACCGGACAUCCCCACCUUCGAGGUUCUGGCCUUCAAGAACCGCUCGUUGGGGCUGGUGGACGCCUCCUGGAGUGCGAUCCGGAUCGGGAUCUACGCCUUACACCUGGAGAACUGGUUGCAGUUUUUCCCCUUGUCCCAGAUCCACUUUGUCAGCGGAGAGAGGCUGAUUAUCGACCCGGCCGGGGAGAUGGGCAAAGUGCAGGACUUCCUGGGGCUCCAACGCCUCGUGUCGGACAAACACUUUUACUUCAACAAGACCAAGGGCUUCCCGUGCCUGAGAAAGGCCGAGGAGGGCAGCCCCCCUCGCUGCCUCGGCAAAUCCAAGGGCAGGACUCACCCGAGCAUCGACACAGAUGUCAUCCACCGGCUCCACAAGUUCUACCGGCCCUUCAACCUCAUGUUCCACCAGAUGACGGGAGAGGACUUUGACUGGGAGCAGGACGAGCAUCCAGGGAUGGGCUGAGGGGCCCGGGAAAUGGGAACGGGAAUGAGACUGGGAACAACGACAACAAAUUACAUUUGUAUCGCGCCUUCCACGUCAGGAAAUGGGACUCAGAACGGGAUGAACGAUGGAAGUGAUGAGAGAGAGAGAGGGAGAUACACCGUCUGCGAGAGAUGUUGUGAAAUGAGGAUACAGCCUGGGCACUGAGCCCCUCUCGGUCCCAACACUGACCCAGGGACUGAGGCACGACCCCCUCCUCAC